CACUCCCUUUAAACAUUGUCUCAACGUGUUCUGCAAUAAUUAACUAGCUGCUCCAGCGUUGCUACACAGACUCACCUCCUGCCACACGAACUGUACUCUGGACCUUUGAACACAAACACAUGCACACAAAAAACCUGGACCAUGGAGUGGACCAGCUUAAUGUUUUAGACAACUGAGGAAAAGCUGGACAGUGGCUGAACAGAGAUGAAUGAAGUAGAUCUGCUCCCAGUGAUCCAAGCAGGAGACGGGAGGACACUGUCCAGAGCAGAGUUUCUGUCACUGCUGAACACCUACAACUGGUUCCUGAAGGACCAAACUCAACUGCACCUCACUUAUUCUCAGGCGGCUGAUGGAGAGGUGAUAGUUGAGGGCUUUCUCAAUAUCUCUUGGGGUGUACGGGGACCCAUCAGGCUCAAAAUACAGGAUGACAAGCAAAUGCUUCCCUUCGCUCCUCUGAUCUCAUCUGAUCCCACCAGUCCAGUCAGCCCAUUGGGGAGCAAGAGUAGUAUGUCACGAUGGGGAGAAUACAAUGAUCUUCACCAGAUAGACGAGGUGGCUGAGACAGAUGCAGCACAUGAAACAGUGAUCAAAGAUCCUUUACCAGGCCCAGCUGUUUAUGAGACCGCUACUCUGCGCCCUGUGAGGCAGAAGAACCCAGAACUAGAGGAGGAGUCCAACCUGUUUCGUUGUAUGAGCGACGCCUCAUUGGUUAAGAGGAGAAGAGGCCGAGGAAAGUCAGAAUCACAAAGAGAGAGAGAAAGACAGCAUCGGUUUUCUAUUAAUGGGCACUUUUACAACUAUAAGACCUCUAUCUUCACGCCAUCCUUUGGUACUCCAACUAAAGUUCGCAUCUCCAGCAAGAUGAACACAAACCAAGUCAUUGAACAGUUACUAAACAAGUUUAAAAUAGAGAAUGAUCCCCAGGAAUUUGCAUUGUACUGUGUCCACCAAAGUGGAGAAAAGAAGAAGCUGACUGAGAGAGACAAGCCUCUGUGGGAGCGUAUACUGCAGGGGCCCUCUGAUGACAUCAUGAAGAUGUUUUUGAUGGACAUGCAUGAAGAAGAAGUCAGUAAAGAUGUUGCUCAGUAUCUGAACUUGGAGCUGCCCAUCCUGGAGCAGGUUCUACUGAAGCUCAGAGAGGAAGAGAAUAGGGAGAUACAAGGAGUCAUCAGCAAGUACCACCACCAGCACAGACUCCUGUCCCAAAUGCUGAACUGUAAGACGUCCUCUCACAUUGAGACCAGUGUCUGAUAGCUGCUGGACCCGGUUACUGACAGCCCCUCUGUUAGGAUAAGAGGGUCAUUGGGGAACUUUAAUAUUUUAUGUCUAAUAUUUUAAACAAGAGGCCACAUUCAUGUCAUGCUCUUUCAUUUUCUACAUAAAAAGUUUAGCUAGUAUCAAUCUUUGAAUUUUCUGAAACUGUAAAAUAAGUCCACAAUGUAGUUGUAAGAUGCUAUUGCUAAAAUAAAAAUAGGGACCAACA